AAACUAGCUCUUGCGCGCCUCCCCCAGAGGAUACUGUGGAAAUAUGAGAGCGAAAUGGAAGACAAACCGGACAACGUGUUGACGAAAAAGUGGUUCCCCCAACGUGAUAUUCUUUCUGUCGAUGCCGGAGUUCCAAUGCUAGGGUUUCCACUGCUCUACGAUCAACCGAGAAACAUUGAUAAUCUCGUUGACGCCGGAAUGGCCAUUUCACUCGACGUGAUGACCGUCACUGAAACUGAAAUUUUUGAAUCGGUUAACACAUUAAUCAACGACAAAAAGUACUCGUCUAACGCUUAACUAGCUUCUAAGCUUUUCAAGGACCGCCCAAUGUCACCCGCUAAAUCAGCAGCUUACUGGAUGGGAUAUCUUGUACAACAUAAUGGUGCACAACAUCUAAAGACAAAAGCGUUCAAUCCCACGUGGUACGAAUACUACCUUCUAGACAUUCUAUCCCUGAUACUAGCCACAUGUUUAGUCAUUAACUUUAUUAUUUAUAAAAGUUUUAUAUGUUAUACGGAAACAAUUUUUAUUCCAGUUGAAGUUCAAAACCGAGUAAUGUUUGUGUUAUUCGUGAUUUGUGAUUUAUAUAACAGAUUUAUUAGUUUUUACAAUAUGUAUGAACUUCACCAAUAAUAAUUAUUCCCGAACCAUUAAACUUCUUUUCGGGCAAUUGAUUGGUGUAAUAUAGCGUAGUAUUAUGUAAAAAAAAAAAAUUACCCCGCAAAUUUGGUACUAAACUUGAUAUUUUUCAUGAGUUAUAGGGGUUAAAUUCGUAUGUACUCAAAUCGAUUUUAAAGGGAAUAGGUAAAUAUCUGAAACUUUUGCCAGAAUAAUGUGGCCUUCGGGUUGUAUCUCCAACAUGAGUUUUAAAAUAAAGUCCUUAUCUGUAAUCUUGUGGCACUUUUAUGAGCCUACAUAAUAAGUGGUUAUAGAAAUGUAUGGUGAGUCCACCUUUCGUGAUAAUCUGGUUCAGAACCAUAAA